CAUGAAUAAAAACUAAACAAGCAAGAAAAAUAGAAAAGAAAGAACAAGACAAAACUCAAGAAAAAAGUGUGAAGAAAAGAAGAAAGGAAAAACUAAAGACAAAAAAAAAUGGCUUCCAACUUUCUUUGGUACAAAUGUAGAUAAAAGUCCAAAACUUAGUCUAAAAUUAACAAUUGUCUAUAUUACUUAUGUAAUCCCAUAUAAUUUUAAUAAUUAAAUUCCAAAAUCAGAAUUUCAUUUCUCUCAUUUUUUUGCAAAAAGUCCAAAAUUGGUUUCUAAAUAGAAAUCAAACUGCUUUUCUUUUCUUUAAUCAAAACUGCCAAUUUUGCCAUUCUGUCAAUUCCUUCAGUCUAGCCAUCCAUUCUUCUGGAUAUUGCAAAUCCUUCACCUUCUUGCAUAUAGGAUUCUUGCUGUGGUUAUUGUAUGUGAAAGAGUUUUUCAUUCCCAACUGCACAUAGGCAUUUGGAGAGCCACUUCAUUAUCAACCAUUUCCUGGUAGUGGUAUAGAAAAAUAAUUUAAGUGUCAUCAACAUAUUGGUAAUACCCAACUUCAGAAUUUCUAAUAUCAUAUCAUAGAUAUUGAAAUGCACAGAAUUGGAGACUUGAUUUUUUAUCAUGCAAUUGUCCAUUUCAUAGAAUCAUAGGGCUGGAAGGGACCUGCGAAGUAAGGCACUAUCAUAUUCCAUCCUAGACGGAGGGCUACCCCAAUCUUUUCUUGAAAACCUCCAGUGAUAGAGCACACUGCUUCGUUGAUUAAAUGGUCCUCACUGUCAGGAAAUUUCUCCUUACUUCUGGGUCGGAGCUCGCUUCAAAAGCUCACACCCUUUACUUCUUGUCCUGUCCUCAGAUGUUUUGGAGAAUAGGUUGACCCAGUUUUCUCUGUGACAGCUCCUCAAAUACUGGUAGACAGCUACUUUCAUGUCAUCUCUAAUCCUUUGUUAGGCUAGUUCCUGUAACCAUUCAUCAUCAUAUAGUUCAGCCUCUAGUCUCCUUAUCAUCUUUAUUGCUCCUCUUUGCAGUCUUUCUAGGACCUCAGCAUCUUUUUUUUGUAUCAUAGUGACCAGAACUGGGUACAGUGUUCCAAGUGUGAUCUCACCAGUGCAAUAUAAAGUUUUACUAUAAUUUCCUGUGAUCUUGAUCCUAUUCCUCUGUUGAUGCAGCCAAAGACUGCAUUAGAUUUUUUGACUGCUAUAACACACUGCUGGUUUAUACUUAAGUGAUGGUCCACUAGGACACCAAAUCCCUCUCACAGUUACUAUUGUUGAUCCAGGUACUGCUUAUUCUGUACCUGUGUAUUUGCCUAAAGACAGGAACUUACUUUUCUCGCCUCAAUGGAUCUUAUUGAAGAUGGCCCAAUGCUCAAGUCUGUCAAGAUCCUUCUGAAUCGUUAUCUUUCAAAGCAUUGGCAAUUCCCCCCAACUUGAUAUUGCCUGCAAGUUUUAUGAGUUCCCCUUCUAUCCUCUCAUCUAGAUGAUUUGUGAAGAUGUUGAAGACCGUUGGGCCCAAGACUGAGGAACUCCAGUACAUGCCUCCCACCAUAUAGAUGGAAUUUCAUUGAGAACUAUAUGCUGGGUGCAGUUGAUCACAUUGACGAAAGGACUGUGUGCAACAGUGUUGCUCCUGAAAAGGAUGUGGAUGGAUUCCAUAUUUUCAAUAUUGGGCGAUUGUGUCUUGACCAGCCCUCCGUUAUACCUGCCACUGCUGCUGCAGUUUGGGAAAUAAUAAAGAGAACCGGAAUACAAACAUUUGGAAGAAAUGUAGUUGUGGUUGGAAGAUCAAAAAAUGUUGGAAUGCCCAUUUUAAUGCUUUUGCAUACUGAUGGGGAACAUGAAAGGCCUGGAGGUGACGCUACUGUAACAAUAACCCAUAGAUAUACACCAAAAGAUCAGCUGAUGAUCCAUACACAGCUUGCGGACAUUGUGAUAGUUGCUGCAGGUAUUCCAAAGUUAAUUACUUCUGAUAUGAUUAAAAGAGGAGCCGCAGUGAUUGAUAUUGGUAUCAACCAUAUUCAUGAUCCUGUCACUGGAAAGACAAAAUUAGUAGGAGAUGUAGACUUUGAAGAAGUAAAGAAGAAAGCUAGUUUUAUCACCCCUGUCCCAGGAGGUGUGGGACCAAUGACAGUUGCCAUGCUCCUGAAGAAUACCUUAAUUGCUGCAAAGAAAUUGAUUUACUAAAAUGUAUAAAUUGAAGUAAUUCUAUAGUUAUAUAAACAUUUAUUUUUGUUACAAAUGUAUUUAUUAAAAUGUGUUUAUGUUAGAUUACUGAGAAAAGAUUUAUUUCUAAAUCUGUUACAAAAAUGUAUACUUGCAAAGGACUAACUUAACUGAUUUAAGGUUGAAAUUGAUGUAACUUCUAUGCAUUAAUCCCUGUCUAAAUGUUUGGUUCCUGUUGGAACUGUGCUGUUUUUCAAACAUAUAUUAACAACUGGAUUUGAAAUGAAACCAAAACCUGGGUCUGAGUUCAGAUGUAAACUGAAGUGCAACUCCAGCAGACAAUAAUAAGGGCUCACAAUCCAUUAUGCACACUGAUGUGGGGACACUCAAAUGAAUGCUAAGAACUAUGAAAGAUGCUUAACAGACAUAAAUCAGGAGUUUAUCUCUGGAAACAUGGUUUUGUUGAUAAAUAUAUUAUGUUCACAAUUGCAAAAAAAUAAAUAGUGUACAAAUUUUAA